AUGAAAUCGAUCAAUCUCAAUAAGGGUGAGUUACAUAAUUUGAAGUGUUUCUCAUUAACAUCCUAUGAUCUUAUUAUGAAUUAUGACGAUUUGGUUGUACCGCUUUUUCGUCGUAUGACGCAUCUUGAAAAGUUAACUUUGUAUUUUCGUAUUCUUCAUCGAAAUGCAUUCGUCGAUGGCACACAUCUCCAGAAUGAAAUUCUUGCUCAUAUGCCUCAACUUCAUACAUUCACCUUUUAUAUUAGUACACAAGAAGUCAUUUUUUCUUCAUUUCCUCGUAAAUCUAAUUCAGAUAUUGAACGAACAUUUACAAAUAUUAGAUAUGGACAAACGGCUUGUAUUAUAGAUUCUUUCAGCGGAGAUCAUGAGGCCAUAUGUCAUGUUUACUCGCUUCCAUUUACAUUCACUCGUCUGGAAACGAUUACGACUCAUUUUCCAUUUAUUGUAUUUGAUACUGUAACUAUUUUGUCUGCCUAUGAUAUGAUUCCAAUGCAACAUGAAUUCUUUAUGCGUAUUAGUCAAGCAUUUCCAAUGCUUAAGUAUUUUUCUAUGAAGAAUGAAAGAAGCCAGUCAUUGAUAUGUGAUGAAUGGAAAUCUGAUAAGAAUUCAUCUUAUUCAAUUAUUG